AUGGACAUCCAAACCAACGAAGUCGUCACAACCAUUACAUCCAACCCUUUCGCCUCGAUAACAGUCCUCAGCAUUCUGCUCCUCCUCUCCUCCACCCUUCUCAGCUUCACCCGCCGCCCCUCUAACAAACUGCCUUUUCCCCCAGGUCCCAACCCUCUUCCUCUCCUGGGCAAUCUCCACCAACUCCCCCUUACCAAGCCCUUCCUCGCCUUUACAAAAUGGUCCCGCGACUACUCCGCGCCCAUCCUCGGCCUCCGCUUCGGCCGUCAACCCGUCGUCGUGCUCAACACCUGGCGCGCCGUGCGCGACCUCUUCGACCAGCGCGGCGCAAUCUACUCUUCCCGUCCGUACAUUCCCAUGGUCGACUACGUCGUCCCGGGGCCCUACCACGUCGCUUUCAUGCCGCACGACCGCAACUGGCGCCGCGGCCGCGCAGCCCUCGUAUCUUUCCUGAAGGACGAGGAGCUGGAAAAGGUGCGGCCGAUUCAGCAGGCCGAGUCCACGCAGAUGGUCUUUGAGAUUCUGCAGGAGCCCGCGGCGUUUGAGAAACACGUGCUGCGCGCGUUUUGUGCGGUCAUUCUCGAGAGCGUGUAUGGCGUGCGCGGCACGAGGGAGAUGACGGAUCGGUUCUUCGAGAUCCAGGAUGAGUGGGCAGGGAUCCUGGAUAUGGGGGCAAUGCCGCCGCUGGAUGUGUUUCCGUGGCUGAGGUAUGUGCCAAGUGUGUUGACGCCGUGGCCAGGGUGGAGAAAGAGGAGUGCGAGGCUGGCGGUGGCUCAAAGAGGGUAUUAUAAGGAGUUAUUUGAGCGGGGAAGGAAGGGUGUUGGGGAGGGGAGGGCGAAGGAGAGUUUCUUGGCGAAACUGUUGGAGAGGAGGGAGAAGGAGGGAUUUACGGAUAUUGAGCUGGUGUAUAUUGCGGGAUUUUUGAUUGAAGCGGGGGCGGAUACAACGGCGGUGGCUUCGCUGAUUUUCAUAUUGGCGGUGGCGGCGCAUCCCGAUGUGCAGAGGAGGGCACAGGAAGAGGUCGAUGGGGUGUUUGGAGAUCAGAUACCGACGGAUAUCGAGGCGGUGAAAGUGCCGUACCUCCAGGCAAUCUUGUGGGAGGUCCUCCGCUGGCGCCCCAGCUUUCCCCUCAGCCUCCCGCACGCUACAAGCAAAGACGACAUCUACGAAGGCUACUUCAUCCCAGCUGGCACCACAGCGCUGAUGAACACCUGGGCAAUCAACCACAACGAAGAAGACUUUCCCAACCCCGACGCGUUCGACCCUACACGCUGGCUGGUAGAAGAAUCCAGCUCCCCGCUGCCUGGAUACAGCUCUGAUUCUGUAUUCGUCUCCACCGACGAUUCUUCUAGGAGACGAUCGUAUGCGUUCGGUGCGGGAAGGAGAGUCUGUGCUGGCCAAGAGAUGGCAGAGAGGAACUUGUUGUUGACGAUGGCGAAGCUGCUUUGGGCUUUUGAUAUGCGGCCGGAAGCUGGGACCACGUUAGACACGAACGUCGAGACUGGAUUCAAAGAUGCGGUUCUGACGGGUCCGAAGGAAAGCAAAAUAGAGUUCACGGUCAGGAGCGAGGCAAAGGAGCAGCUCAUCUGGAAAGAGUGGGAAGGGGCCGAUGCUGUUCUAAGCAAGUUUGGGUGA